GAUGAACAAGACAUGGUUCACAUCAGACGAGAGAUUGAGAUCAUGUCAUCCCUCAACCAUCCUCAUAUCAUCAGUAUUUAUGAAGGCCCAUAGAAUCUGUGACUGAAGCAACUCUGUGAUUCACCAAACCUCAAAAAUAAUUCCUUUCAAAUGUGUCUUUCUCCAGCCAGCCCCUGGGGUUAGCUCUCCUAUUGACCUGUGGGUGAAGGUGAUUAACCCUCAAAUUUGUCAACUGUGUAUAAACACAAACCAUAACUGGCUUCUAAUGCUAAGUAAAUAAAAGAGGAUGGACAGACACUUUCUAGUGUGUGAUGCUAAGGGUAACCUCAUCGAGAGAAAAGAAAGAAAUCUCUGGCACCAUCUCCAACAUGGACCCCUGUCUAGAGUCAAAGGAAUUCCAUUCUCUCAGCGGGGAGGUAAUUGACAAUAUGGAAAAAACAGCUGAAAAGGAAGUGCCCGCCAGAGCUUUCUACUUGGUUGCCUAGGAUGGAAGAGAUAAAAACAGUUUUUGCCCGAGGUUCUGAUUUCAGGACCGGGAGUUCAAACAUCAAAGGCACGCUGUCUCACUCUCAUUUCCCCUUUGAAAGCCUAGAAGACCCAAUCUACAAAACCACUGAGAACGAACAUCUUUCUCAUCCCAUCUGGUCACAGUCCGGCAUGUAAAAUUCAAAAGGUGUGGGAGGUGGGGGAGAUUCGGCCUGUGCCUUCACUUUCAUGCCCUUGGUUUUGGUUUCUGGAAAUCCCUCCUUCUGGCCAGACAAGAUUACAUCUCUUUAUUGGCCCUUUGCAGUGUGACCUGCUAGAAUUGGCCAGCUCUUUCAUCACUUCUCCUAUUUUAGGUAAGGGCGAUCCUGGCUUUCUGGGACGGAGUAGGAAGCGUCUCUGGCAUUUGUUAGCUGUGAUCUCUCAUCUGUUGAAAGAAUCUCUCAAACUUUAAAAAAAAAAGAAGGAACCAAAAUAGACAAAAACAUGCCUCCUUUGAUAAGUGUGUGAAUCUCAUGCCCCCGCCCUGUGAGCCUUCAACCUGCUGCCAGUGAGAAGACAUAAAGGAGUUUGUGUUCUCAAAUAUUCUCUGAAUUCCUCCCAUGAAAACACUUCGGAUGAGUUCACUGUCAGUUAAAAGCUACUCUCAUCCUCUUAGAAAUUGCAUUACUGGAAGCGUUUUCAAGCUACCUGUGCCUCCUGAAAUUUUGAUCUUUCGGGAAGGGGAUGUCACUCUUGCCUCCUGGUGAAAAUCACUGCUCUAAAAGUCCAGAGGAGCAGAGGAAACACCCAGGGUUGGGGUCUGUGGAAGAGCCCGCAGCCCGUAUCGUGCACUGCAGGCCCUCCUAGCUGUGGCCAGGGGCUUUUGCAGGAUGUUUCCACGGAAUCCAGCGGAGGUCCUGGAGUCACAGAGUGUGGCUGCUGUGUCUCCGGCUCCUGGAAAAUGACCCUUGGGAAUGGCAGGACCCUGCCAAGCUGCCUAAUGAUGCAUGUGAUUGGUGUCAGCUGGGUCCUGCCCCAGACCUGCUGGACAUGGCUCCCAGCAAACUGUGUAAUAACGAGCCUUCAGGGUGACUCUGAUGCCCUCCAGUUUGAGAACCCCACUGUAUUAGAGAAAGCAAAGCAGGGCUGCAUUUCUCACAUCAAUUAUUCACAAAUACCUACAGUGGAAGCAGUUCACAGCUCCCUUCUCAGGCUCAGCUGUGCUAACCCAGGGUUCUCAGGCAGGAAGACUUGCAAGCGUGCCCUGAUGUAGGCUCUUUUGAAGACAGAGAAUGGCUGAAUUAUUCUAACAAGUGUUCGAGAACAAAGAUAAGAUUGUGAUCAUCAUGGAGUACGCGAGCAAAGGGGAGCUGUACGACUACAUCAGCGAGCGGAGACGCCUCAGCGAGCGGGAGACCAGGCACUUCUUCCGGCAGAUCGUCUCUGCCGUGCACUACUGUCACAAGAACGGUGUAGUCCAUCGGGACUUGAAGCUGGAAAAUAUACUGCUUGAUGACAACUGCAAUAUUAAGAUUGCCGACUUUGGGCUGUCCAACCUGUACCAGAAGGACAAGUUCUUGCAGACGUUUUGCGGGAGCCCACUCUAUGCAUCUCCUGAGAUCGUCAAUGGGAGACCUUACCGCGGGCCAGAGGUGGACAGCUGGGCCCUGGGCGUGUUGCUUUACACUCUCGUUUAUGGAACGAUGCCCUUCGAUGGUUUCGAUCACAAAAACCUCAUCCGGCAGAUCAGCAGCGGAGAGUACCGGGAGCCCACGCAGCCCUCAGAUGCUCGAGGACUCAUUCGGUGGAUGCUGAUGGUGAACCCCGACCGCCGGGCCACCGUCGAGGACAUUGCCAACCACUGGUGGGUGAACUGGGGCUACAAGAGCAGCGUCUGCGACUGCGACGCCCUGCACGACUCCGAGUCCCCGCUCCUGGCCCGGAUCAUCGACUGGCACCACCGUUCCACGGGGCUGCAGGCUGAGGCUGAAGCCAAAAUGAAGGGCCUGGCCAAACCCGGGGCCUCUGAGGUCAUGCUGGAGCGGCAGCGGUCGCUGAAGAAGUCCAAGAAGGAGAACGACUUUGCCCAGCCUGGCCAGGACUCGGUGCCCGAAAGCCCAUCCAAGGUGAGCUCCAAGAGGCCCAAGGGCAUCCUGAAGAAGCGGAGCAACAGCGAGCAUCGCUCUCACAGCACCGGCUUCAUCGAAGGCGUCGUGGGGCCCGCCCUGCCCUCUGCUUUCAAGCUGGAGCAGGACUUGUGCCGGGCGGGCGUUCCCCUCGCCAGCUCCCCCGAGGCAGAGGCGCCGGGGAAACUCAGCCCCAAACAGUCGGCCACGAUGCCCAAGAAGGGCAUCUUGAAAAAGACCCAGCAGAGAGAAUCGGGUUACUACUCGUCCCCGGAGCGCAGCGAGUCCUCGGAGCUGCUGGACGGCGACGGCGUGGUGGGCAGCGGCCUGCCUUCUCCCAGCCCCCCGGCCCCGGCGCGCGCGGCGGCCCACAGCCUCUCCUGCCGGCGGAAGGGCAUCCUGAAGCACAGCAGCAAGUACUCGGUGGGCGCCACGGACCCGGCCCUCGCCAGCCCCGACGUGCCCACACUGGAAUCCUUGUCGGAGCCCGGCGUCCCCGCCGAGGGCCUCUCCCGGAGCUACAGCCGUCCUUCCAGCGUCAUCAGCGACGACAGCGUCCUGUCCAGCGACUCUUUCGACUUGCUGGACAUGCAGGAGAACCGUCCUGCCCGCCAGCGCAUCCGCAGCUGCGUCUCCGCGGAGAACUUCCUCCAGAUCCAGGACUUUGAGGGGCUCCAGAACCGGCCCCGGCCCCAGUACCUGAAGCGGUACCGGAACCGGCUGGCAGACAGCAGCUUCUCCCUCCUCACGGACAUGGACGACGUGACUCAGGUCUACAAGCAGGCGCUGGAGAUCUGCAGCAAGCUCAACUAGCGUGCCAGGGCGCGGGGCAGCGGGGGUACGAGGGAGGACGGGGGGCAAGACUGGGGCUCACGGGCCAGCGACCUCUUUGUUGGCCGUGAUAACAGACUGAAAAAGGAUUGGCACCAUCUCGCUUGCAGCCUUGAGCCUGCGCCCAAAAGGGAGAAGUGGGCUCUCUGCUAGAGCAACCCACUGCCAGGCAGAAUUUGGAUCCUAAAUGGCAUUUGCCUUAUGGCACCUCCUAGAGGACCAGCUGUCCAGGGAAGGUGGUGUUGACCAGCACUUGGUGGUGAGGCAGCGUAUGGGGAGAGAGCAUUUCCCUAGACAUCCUCCAGAUGCUUCUGGAAGAGGGGCAGGAGAGACUGGGGCCAUCUGCUUUGGGUUUGCCCAGAGAGCUUGCUCCUUUUCUCCUCAUGUUCACAAGGUUGGUCUGACUGCAUGGGCUGACAAGGAGAUUUCAGCAACCUGAGCUUGAAUCCAUGAUCGAUUGAUAGUGGCUGCCAGCUGUGCUGGUCUGAGUAGCCCAGGCAUAGCAGGAAGGAGUGCUGUGAUCGACUAGCAAUGGCUGCCAUGGGAAUGGGAAGGGAGGCAGUAGCACUAAUGCCAUGUACUUGUCAUCCUUGACCUAGCCUUGGGAAAUAGGUUAAAGCAUCCUGUGGGAUCUGUGUUAACUCUUUCAUGCCACUAGUGAGGCAUUUGUUGAUUUGUUACUCCACCUUGAAUGGAAGACAGGGCAUUGGUCAGAGAGAGAAUACUCUGAAAUUUGCUAAGGACAUAGAGCCAGCCAUGGUGAUUUUUCAGCUCCUUGCUGUUUGUCUCCUCUUUCCUGAUGACUGCCUUGCUCUUUAUCAUAACCUCUCCAGGGUGGACGGGGAAGCUAUGAUGGUGUCAGAGGUCAAAACUAUUGUGUAUGAUAGAGCAUGAGACCCUCCGUGGUCUUUGCACAGAUGAAUGGAAGUUGAUGUCUUUAGUGUCUCAAUAUUAACUGGAAUGCUCCCUUUUGGGUUCUCACUUGCAUAAAUUGCUUUGGAUUGGAUGUGACGCUGUCCACAGUCUCCAAAGGAUUACCUAGCUCAACCACUGGCCCUGUUCACUAAUAGCAGAUGGUUUCCCUGUCCACCUAGUGUAGAAUCCUCAAAGGUGGACAGGUUUGCUUCUAGGGAGUUAGUGUGUAGGUGGGAUAUUAGGAUGAGGAAAGGAAAGUCAAAGAGAAGGUGCUCCCCCCCUCCCCUAAUCCAGGAUUCUCUGUCACUCACAGUUUUGAACUUUGACUUGAACUCCUGGGCUUGGGGGAAAAGGAAAGUCCCAUUGAUUUAAAUGAAUAAGGUGUGGAAAGAGUAGUGUGGGUUGGGAAUGAAGCAUAUGGGAGAGGGAACAUUUCCUUAGAAGUCAUCCAGAUGGUUCUGAAGGAGGCGGAAAAUAGGUGUGGCAGGACUCUUAUCUUAAGUAAAAAUACUAGGUAUGUAAUUUGUAAACACCCAGAUUAUAAGUGACAAGAUGUCACCCCCGCAGUGGGACAUCUUCAGGAGACUAGGCUUGGAAUCACUGGUCUUGUUGGGAUGGUUCAGAUUCCAAUGACCUAGGCACAUUGAAAUGCUUAUUUCAAAGUGGCAACCUCUGAGAGCCACACAGAUAGAUAGGAGGAAGGGUCUCGGUGAUAUCUUUGGAGAAACCAACCAACAGUAUUUUAUGGGGAGAUGAGAAAGGAUUCAGCUUGCAGCACUAAGAAUGUUAAUUGAACGACAUUGCCCUUUCCUUAAGGAGACAGUUCCGUUUCUGCCCCUGAUACCGGCGCUGGUGUUCUGGCUUGUGCAUUCCUUCAGGUUAUGCUGAGCAGUGUAUUAUGGGAAGCUGCCCAGCUUCCUUUCAUUCAAUUCCACCUCCUUCCUGAACUCCACUAGAGGUUAAAAGGGAAAAAAAAUAAAAUAAAAUCUGUAGAUAGCAAACUGUGUGUAAGGGGCGUGGGUGCAUGGAGGGAAGCCUGCAGACUCCGGGCUCCCCUACUCCCUGCCUCAUUUUAUGCAAUCUUUCCCGAACGGCCUGUGCUGCCACGCUGCUGGCCCCUCAUGUGUGGCAGCUGGCCACGUCAGUAGCUGUCAGUCUGACUUAGGCCCAACACCUGCCUACUGGUUGAUGUGUUCUUUCCUUUUGCCAGUGACUGAGUCUGUUUAGUAUUUUCCAUUAUUCUAAUUGUUGGGAAGACGUGAUACUGUUAAGGAAAAUCAUUCUACUCCCUUCUCCCCGCCCCCGAACACUUGGAUGUUCUUUUGUCAAUUAACUUGGACAGUGGACUGCGGCAGAGGAAGCCCUCCACGCGGAGGCAGAGACUGAGUUAAGUCUCAGAGGCCUUUGGCACCUGCCUUGUUUUGGGAGCCAUCAGUGAGCAUGGAGGGGCGGAUUAGCUGGUCUCUUAGGCCCUGCUCAGUCCUGACACUCUGCUGACAUCCUCUGACUCUAGAUGUGAUGUUGACUGUCCUUUCAAGGAAAAACUUGCAAUAGAGGGAAAAGCCCUGAAAGGAGCUCCCCUGCUUCACAAUUAAGUCCUAUCAUCCCAGUCAUCUGCUUCCAUGGAAUUACAAGUGGGAAACACUUGUGUGGCCUGGUGGACAGAGCAGGAGAUUCGAUGUCAGCUGGUCCUCUUCCUUGCUUCGGUGGGCCUUUCUGCGUCUUAGUUUACACAUCUGCCGAAGGGGUAGAAUUAUACUCCUUUUUACAGGUAAAUUUCAAGGCACGAUCAGUUUUCAGGAAGUGCUUCAAGACCCCAGGUGAAAUGAAAAGGUUAAGUACCCUCUGGAUUUCCAUCCCUGUUACCAGGUGCUGCUUCUUCAGAUGAUAGGGGGGCACUUUCCAGGGUGAAAUUCAGGCAAGUUUUGCCCAGGCCUGCUGUCUUGAGUACAAAUGUGAAUGAUCGACUGACUGCUUGUUGCCAAACUGGAAAUGUUCUGUAGGGAUUUACUGGCAUGGUAUCAUUCCUAGAAAAAAAAAAAAAGAGAGAGAAACUUGACUGCACAUUUUUUUUUUUUUUAAAUCCGUGUUGUGACUUUUAUUUAAUUUCUAUUUUUUGUUUUUGGUAAUACAAAGUUGACUUUUUUAUUUGAAUUUGUCUUUUUUUAUUUAUUGGUCUGAAAGGCAUUUCAAAGGUAUUAUAAUAAUAUAUUGGUGUAAUUUAAUUGGUGCAACAUGCUUUAUGGCUCCAGUCAAAAUUGGUUUUCGCUCAUUUGAUUGGUUUGAGCCCAGAACAGCCUACAGGGAAAAAAAAAAAGCUGGAUAACCACCCAAAGUGUUUGUAUUUUCAUUGGAAACUGAUUUUUGUUUUCAUUUUGUUUUUUUGUUUCUGUUUUUAUUUUUAAAUUAAAUAAAUUGCAAUGAACUGAA